AUGGAUGCCGGCGUGCUUGCUGGCGCCAGUGACCUAGCCUCUCGACUAAAAGCCUUCCUUCCGCAGUUGCAGCAAGCGAAUAGCAAAUUGGCAGAAAGAGGAACAGGACUGAACAUGGAAGAGGUAGACGAUGAUGAGGAGCAUAUUGAGAUGAGUUUGGGACUUGGCGUGCUCGAGCAGAAGAAACCAGAAGAUCUCGCGGAUUUGCUGCACAGAAAGGCGAAUAAACAAGAUGAGACGAGCGAUACUCCUAACCAUGAAUCAGAGGACGAACCUGACGUGCUGGAAAAAUUGAUGAACAUGGAACGCGAAGUCGCCAAAGCCGAUCAGCCCAGCAUCGAAGAAGUUGAAUGCAGGCYGAACGACAGCAAAGCUUCAGACAUGUCGAAGACGCAGUCUGAGGAACAACGCGCCGAUCUGGCACUACGCCAGAGUAGACCUUCUCGACCGUCUUGA